AUGGCAGGCAAGGACGUCGUGGUCACGGGCGCGACCGGUCUCCUGGGAAGACAGGUCGCGAGAGCCUUCGACCGCAAGAGCUGGAAUGUCAAGGGCACCGGCCUCUCUCGCGCGGACGGGGUGUCCGUUUUCAAGGUCGACUUGGGCAAGGCCGCCGAAGUCGAGAAGUUCCUCGACGAGUCAAAGCCUCAAGUCGUCGUGCACUGCGCCGCCCAGAGAUUUCCCGACAAGGUGGACAGCGACCCCGACGCCGCGAGGGCUCUCAACGUCGCCGCCACCAAGUCGCUGGCGAAGCUCUGCGCCGCUCGCGACAUCUUGCUCAUCUACAUCUCCACCGACUACGUCUUCUCUGGAAAGCCCGGCGAUGCCCCGUACGAGGCCGACGCGCAGACGGGUCCCACCAAUCUGUACGGCCAGACCAAGCUCGACGGAGAGCAUGCCGUCCUGGAGGAGUACAAGCAGGCUGGGCGCGAAGGCCUCGGCCUCGUCCUCCGCGUUCCCGUUCUGUACGGUCAGGCAGAGACUCCGGCCGAGAGCGCCACCAACAUCCUGAUGGACACGCUGUGGAAGACGCAGGACGGAAAGUCCAAGGUGAAGAUGGACCACUGGGCCAUCCGCUACCCGACCAACACCGAGGACGUCGGCCGCGUGUGCCAUGACAUCUCCGUGAAGUACCUCGAAGCCGGCGACCGCAGCUCCUUCCCCAAGAUCCUGCAGUUCUCCAGCGAGGACAAGAUGACGAAGUACGAGAUCUGCCAAAAGUUCGCCGAGAUCAUGGACCUCUCGAUGGACGGCAUCAUCGCCAACACGGAGGGCAACGACCCCAACGCCAGCGUCCAGAGGCCCUACGACUGCCACCUCAGCACGCGGGCUCUAAAGGACCUGGGUAUCGAUGUGUCAACGAGCGACUUCAUCGGGAGUCUGCGAGAGCACAAGAGCGUGUUGGACUUUGGCCGAGACUGGCGGGACUGGGAGGUGGACAUUUUCCAGGAUGACGACACUGUGUCGAAUGCCACGACGGAAACGGGAACCGCGACAAGCAUUGGCGUUUGCAUCGGCAUUGCCGUGGACGAGGAGGACGAAGGGCCUUCCCAGGCACCACCAUUGCAGCAGACACCAGCCAGGAGCACGACGCAUCGCAGUCAGACGACGCCAUCGUCCUCGGCGGCCAGACGGCGGACGGCCCCGGCCCAUAGUCUUCAACCGCCGCAGACGCCGCUGCAGUCGCGACCGCAAUCCCAAUGGCAAUGGCAAAUGCAAUCCCGCGAUGUGAUGGGCGUGGGAGUUGGCCUUGGCGAAGGAUCCCCCGUCGGCCGUGGUCGUGGUCGUGGUCGAGGAGUUGGUGGUGGUGUCAGCUGUGCACCUCUCACCUCGUCCAUGUCCAUCCUGACUGACGAAGCAGCAGCAACAGCAAAUGUUGUUAUCCCAGCGCCUCCCGAAUCUCCUGUUCGGUUCAGCUACCCCAACAGACGAAGACCAAAAACAGCCCCCAAUGUGCCUGAGAGCCCCUUGCAGGGGGGUCACAGUGGUUCGGGGGGUUCAUCUUCAGCCAGCGGAGACGUGGACCCGUACCUCCAGCUGGACGGAGACGGACCCCCCAGGGUUUCCUCCACUCAGACCACUCACAGCGCUCACUUUGGUGCCAACGCCCCGUCUGCAGGAUCAGCGUUAUUACUUCCAGCGUCAGCUGCUGAUGCGGCACAAGCACAAGCGGGAGCACACGCACAAGCACAAGCACAGCACGACUUGGAGGUACCUGCGUCAGCGCCAGCGUCAGGAGCUGCUGGUGGAAUUGAAGGAACAAGGACCGCUUCAGCACCACCACCUCCUCAUCCUCCUCCAAAUGUACCUCCUCCUCCUCCUCCUCCGCCUCUCCUCAUUCCUCUUCCGACCAACAGGGCACCACGCGACUCUCUCUCACCUCCUAUACCCCAGCUGAGACCUCGCUCUCAUAACCCCAUCUUAAUCUCUACCGCCUCGUCAUGCGCCGACCUCAAGCUCUCUGCACGAGCUGACCACGCUCGUUCCCAAAUCAUCACCAAACUCUCCAGCAAGGAAUAUCUCAAGGACGACGACUGGGACGAGAACCGCCGCCACCAACACCACCACCAACAACUACCACACCAUCUCCAGCAAGACGAGAACAACGAUCGGCGUCGCAGAACCCAGGAACAGGAGGAGGCUUCUCACUGGGCCGACGAGGUUGCGCGUCUCGAAGCAGAGACUGAUCGCAUCUUGGCAGAACAGAAGAGGAAGGAUCUCGCUCGACUUCAGGCUCAAUUGGCUACCGUCCCCGACCCCCCGCCCCGACUCCGAUCCCCCAUAGUCGACAAGUUCGCCUUCUUUCUCAGAAAAAGUCGCAGGUCCGACCCUGCCACCCUCACAAAACCCCCCUCUUCUUCAUACUUCCAGCCUCUAUCGCUGGAUUGCAGGCCAGUCAGCGUCAUGGACCCUUCGCGCUUCAUUCAAGCAGGCGGCGGCGGCAUCGUCCCCCAGACGGAUGCUCCCAUCACAGCCAGCAACGCUGGCGAGCGUCGAGUCGCCAUCCGUUGCUUGCAGACUUCCAUCAGUCUGCCCGUUACCCCCGACACAACACCAAUGGACAUUCUUUACUCGGCCGCCAACCUCAUGACCCAUAACAUCAACCCGCAAACCAGUGUCGUCAUGGAAUGCUACUUCGCUUUCGGACUCGAGCGCCGGCUGAGACGCUAUGAGCGAAUUAGGGAUGUUCUGAAUUCAUGGGACCGCGACAGCCAGCACUGCCUUCUCAUUAUCCCUGGUGACUCCGUCGACAAGAACCCCGACUUGAACCUUGAAGUUGUGCCCCGCACCAUCGACCCCCCGUCAGGUCUGCUGAACUUCUCACUUUACCACUGCUCGCGACCGGGGAAGUGGAACAAGCGCUACAUCACCCUGAUGGAGAACGGACAGGUCUUCGCCGCAAAGAAGAAGGACGCUAAACUGUCAGACAAGGACGCCGUGUCGUUGUGCCAUCUUUCGGAUUUCGACCUCUACUCGGUCACGGAGAAGGACAUGUUGAAGCAAAUCAGAGCACCCAAGAAGAACACCAUCGCUGUAAAAAGCCAGCAGAAAUCCAGCGUGUUCCAAAACACAGAAAACUUCAUUCACUUCUUCUCCACGGAUGAUGCACGGCUUGCGGAGGACUUUAGGAGAAUACUGCACAUGUGGCGCAGUUGGUAUCUCGUCAACAAGAAGGUCGAUUUGACCAAGACGAAAAAGACCCAGCGGGCUGCCACCGAGAGUCCAUCAUCCAAGACCGUUGGACUGGCAAGGAGCGGCACGCUGCACCGGCUGAAGGUAUCUGUCGACGAGACCCCUUACACAAUUGGAACGUUUUCUCCGCUCCUAGAUAUGGACAAAUUCGACAAGCCGCUUGACGAUUUCGGCAAAGAUUUCCUGCCUGAGAAGCAAGCGGCGCGAUCAUCGGAACCGCUGUCUGUUCCCAGACAACACAAAGUCGUUGGUCGGUCGAGAACCACCCCGAAUCUGGCUGCGUCGCAACCAGUGCCGAGGAAAGCACACAUCGAUCCAUUCGCCAAAGACCAGGAAUUCAGUAACAGUGGUUUGCUGGGCCGCGCUUACGAAGGACGCAAGCUGCAGGCGGAGAAGAACGCGGCCGCUUCCGCUCAUGAGGAGAUGUCUCCCGAUAGCCCUUUUACCGGUGGACACUCCCUUCUGAGUAACUACCCCGAGCCCGAAAGGCUGUCGUCGUCCGGUCUGCCCGGCAUGCCGGAGAGGAGAGGCACCGUGCGCACGUCCCGGUCGGCGGCAGAGCCCAUGUCGCAGCCCCGAAGCCGGUCACGUCCGCCGGUAUCCCGCCCAACUACGUCAUCCCGGCCAACCACAUCGGAUGGAGCGCGGAAACCCGGCAUGCCUCAACCUUUGGUCGACUUGACGCCGAAAGUGCCCGACUUGCCCGCGGCCUGGCGAGACGGCCACGGCCGCGGAGUCAGGGCACCCGUUGGUCAGCCUCUCAUUCAAAUGGCGACUGGUUGGGAGCAAGGGCCGGACGCUGCGAUGACACCGCAACUGCCGACAGUGACACGCAUGGGGACGAACAAGGCGUACCCUCCCCAGCGCAUGGCAUCUCAGUCAGCUGCGACGAGGCCAAGGAGUCGCUCAACGGCCGGCGGCGCGCCCGUCCGCCGCGUCGUGUCCAACGAGCAGCCACCAAUGCCGUCGCUGCCAAGGCGCACCUCAAAACAGAAUGACGAGGAUGUGCCGUUGAUCAACUUUGUCGAGCGCGAGAGGGGUCGAGAUUCGAGGCCGCACGCGCCACUAGGUCUUGGUCGAAGCGGCACUGUCAGACAUUGA